AUGUCAUUUGACUUUAAACUCACUUUCUCUUUAAAUAACACCACCUUAGAUUUUUAGCUAAAGAAAUGUAAACACCUGACUUCUCAGCAUUUAUACUGUGUACUGACUGCCCUUGCAGCGAGGGUAAGCAGGCUGGCACUCCCUAAGCUCUCCUGGUUUGUUUAACUUUCUGCUUUUUGGUCACCAGUACACAACUCUUGUGUCAGGCCUUAAGAACUGAUGAGGAUGGCAAAGUGUGUGGGCAAUUGUCAUGGAUUUGUCUGGCUCUUUUGCUCCACAGGUGACUAAAACACAAGAAGCCCCUGGCAAAGACCGCAAGAGACCAAAGGGAAUGGAGGAGACAAAAGCAAUGCAGGAGGUCUCUCGCACGCUGCCCAUCCCAACAAGCCAGCAGUCUCCAGCACAUCACCACAGGGACCCGCCUUUGGCCACUCACUUCAUUCCUUUUGUGGCCCAUUUUGGGGGCCGUCAGCCCAACCCCUUCAAGUUUCUCUUCUACACACCAAGUUGCUCCAACUCACACAGCCCCUUCUACACUGCGCAGAGGCCAACCUGCGGGUACCGCUACCACCGCGACACUGAUCACACCAGGAAGGUGAUGGAUGUCUCGAGUGCAAACAUUGUGAAAUGGAGACCCAUUCUGGGCACAAAGCCGUAG